GCAUCAGCCCAUGAUCUCCUCACCUGGAUUCCUAUGUCGUCUUCUUCAUCUUUACUGUAUUCACUCUUCUCUUCGAUCUACUUCUCCCAUUUGAUUAAACCCCCGAUUUUCAUUGGCCAUUCGUCCGUCGUCAUCAGAUCCGGAAAAGCAAGAAAGGAUUUGGGAUGACAACGAAAUCAAAGAGGUUCUCUUCAGAUUUUAUGAUGGGAGGUGCAGCAGCCAUAGUAUCAAAGAGUGCAGCAGCACCAAUUGAGAGAGUGAAGCUUCUACUGCAAAAUCAAGGAGAGUUGUUAAAAAGGGAACAACUCAAGAGACCAUAUAUUGGAGUUGGUGAUUGCUUCACAAGGGUCUUGAAAGAAGAAGGUUUCUUUUCGUUUUGGAGGGGUAAUCAAGUCAAUGUCAUUCGGUAUUUUCCAACUCAGGCUUUCAAUUUUGCAUUCAAAGGUUACUUCAAAAGUGUAUUUGGACGGUCAAAAGAGAGAGAUGGGUAUGUGAAGUGGUUUGUUGGCAAUGUUGCUUCAGGAAGUGCUGCUGGAGCCACCACUUCAUUGUUUCUAUAUCAUUUGGAUUAUGCCCGUACCCGUUUAGCAACUGAUUCAGCAUGUAAUUCAACCAAUAAAAAACAACAAUUCAACGGACUAUUUGACGUGUAUCGCAAGACCCUCGCAACUGAUGGCAUUAGAGGCUUGUAUCGUGGAUUCGGGGUUUCAAUCGUGGGAAUUACUCUGUAUAGAGGCAUGUACUUUGGGUUAUACGACAGCAUGAAACCUAUCGUCUUAAUUGGAUCAUUUCAGGACAAUUUUCUCGCCAGUUUUCUCUUGGGUUGGAGCGUGACAACAUUUUCCGGCAUUUGUGCUUACCCCUUUGACACAUUGAGGCGAAGAAUGAUGUUGACUUCUGGUCAACCAUCUAAGUAUCAUAAUAGUAUACACGCACUGCGUGAGAUCAUCCACCUUGAAGGUUUCCGGGCAUUAUACAGAGGAGUUACUGCAAACAUGCUUGUUGGAGUAGCUGGGGCUGGAGUUCUUGCAGGUUAUGACAAACUGUAUCGGAUUUCAUACAAGUCUAGCCACAAUCUGGAGCAUCGCUAAAUCUUGAAGUAAAAACCGACUCAAAAGUUGAAAGGAGGGAGAUUGUACCACAGAUAUCUUGAGGUAAAUGGCCUAACUUUUACCCCUUUUGCUGAAAAAUUGUUUUGAAAACCAAAAAUACCCCAUAAUAUUGAAGUUGAAAUGCCAUUGAAUGCAAAAAGAGGUCUUUUAAGUUGAUCUGUAUAGUUUGAUAUAGAAAUGGGUGUAACACCAUCAAUUAGAUUUGACGAUUUUAUUGCGAAAUCACAUAAAUUUGUCAUUCUGUUUAUCGCGUAUCCGGGUCUUGGUGCACUCCUAGUAAUUGACGUCGUCACCAAAGCUGAGAACACGGAUGCUUGUAGCUUCAGAGAUGAAUAUAGAUACAGGAUCGAGUGGUUAUCUGGUAUCUCGUUAGCAUUUAUUGUUUAAAGAAUGUGACGUUUGUUGGGGUUGCAAGUCGGAGAAAGUAGUUGUAACUUCAAAGAUGGUUUGUUCGAUUUGUAUUUGAAGCCCGUUUGAGAGAUA